AAGCAAUCGGCUAUAAACAAGAAUUCUGGUAUAAAAGAGUACCUCAGAUCUACUCAUGAAACUUUGGAGUUAGUACGAUCAAGACUGAAGCAGUAAAUACAUGCGGAGGUCUUCCGCACCUCUUUCAACUUUUUUUUGUAGCACCUCCAACUCAAUCUCACCACCAAAGAAAUACACCUUUACCGCCACGAUGUCCACCGGACCCUCCCAACCCCCUCUUCGCUUCACAGGCUCCAAGUCCCUCAUCAAUCGCCUCGUCCUCUCCACCCUCACCGGCCGUCCUAUCCGCAUCUCUCAAGUCCGCUCAACCAGCAUAUCCUCGACCGGCUUCGCGCCGCACGAAGUCUCCUUCCUCCGCCUCCUCGACUCCAUCACCAAUGGCUCCAGCAUCGACCUCGACUACACCGGCACCACCCUCGUCUACCGCCCCGGCCUCAUAACCGGCAGCGCGCCCGGACUCGGCACCGCUGGCGGCGUGCUGCGCCAUGAGCUCGAAGCCGGCUGCACGAGGGGCGUGAGCUACUUCCUACUCCCGCUCUGCCUUCUCGCGCCAUUCUCGAAGGCACCGGUCAACGUCAUCUUCACUGGUGCGGGAUGUAUCACAUCUGCGACGCCGACGGGGGAUAUUUCUGUGGAUGCGGUGCGCACGGCUAUCCUCCCGCUUUUCGCGCAGUUUGGCGUGGAGCGGAACAUCGAGUUACGGAUACUGAAGCGCUCGUGUCCGGGUCCUGGAGGUAAAGGCGGUGCGGGUGAGGUUCAAUUGAUAUUUGGACACCAGGUGCGGUUACCGAAGACGCUGCAUCUGAUGAAUCCGGGACGGGUGAAGAAGAUAAGAGGGGUGGCUUAUGCGACUGGAGUUGCGGCGGCGAAUAAUGCGCGCAUGAUUGAGUCGGCGAGGGGUGUGUUGAACGAGCUAUGCAAAGAUACGUUCAUUGCGUCGGAUGUGUCUCCUGCUCCGCUACUACCGUCGCAAGAUAGGAGCAAUCCGGGCGCGAAGAGGAAGUUGGGAAUUGGGUUUGGGAUACUGCUGGUGGCAGAGACGUCGACGGGGUGCCUGUACUCGGCGGAUGUGGGUAGUCCACCUGAAGGAGGAGAGCCACCGGAGAGUGUGGGACGGCAGUGUGCAUUUCAAUUACUGGAAACGGUAGCAGCAGGUGGAUGUGUGAGUAAGAUUGCGGCACCGACGAUGCUGAUGCUCAUGGCUAUGGGAGACGGCGACGUUGGGAGGCUGCAGAUGGGAAGAAAUGUGGUUGGCUCUGAAGAGAUUAUUGGACUAGGCAGAGACUUGAGGGAGUUCGGAUGCAGUGCGUGGGGCUUGAGGGAUGCUGGAGGAGGAAGUGAGGACAUCGUGGUGAGUAUUGUCGGAAGGGGAGUGGGUAACGUGGGGAGGAAGAUUGCGUGAGUUGUGAGGCAAUGUUUUUAUAAUGAUAUCCCUUUUCCAACUUAAUGACUAUGCC